UCGGAGGAGACCGCUCGUCUCAGCCACGUGCCAGCGGGGCUGUUUUCGAGCAUCCAGGAGCACGAACUCGCAGACGCAGCAGCAGACUACGCGCGGGCAGAGCGGGCCCCCACCUUUAGGCUUCGGAAGCGCUUCCCUACGAGCAAGACGCAUCUUCAAUCAUCGAAGAACCUCUAGAAAAGCUCCUGAUGCCUUGACGAGCCAUUUGUGCCGAGAGUUCCGUCGGAUACACGAAGCCGCGGGCGGUUGAAUUCAUCGACGAAUGUGGGCCUGGAAUAACCGGGGAGGUAUGAACUCUUCUGUGAUGUGGAUGUCACCGACGUGCCUGAAUGAGUGAUGAGUUCCGACGCGGUAGCAGUUGUGUACAGUUCGACACGGUAGUGCGACGCUUCUUGUUGGGAGAAGGAUGUGCUGUUUUAGUCCGGCACAGGCGAUACUCUCAAGACUCGGAGUCCUGGUGCAUGAGGUUGACGAAGGGCAGCCCUGCCUCACCUGCAAGGACAAGUGUCCAGGUUUCAGCCCCCAUCUCUGGAGAAAAGUGUGCAACAACUGCAAAUGUCCCCGGGAGUCCCACGACGUGUACCACGAGGAGUUCGUCAACGUCCGCGACCGGAUCGGCAUCAAGCCGGACCCUUCCAACCAGACCUCAAAGGAGAAGACCUUGCAAGAAGGGUACUCUUGGGUGCCUCCUGGACUGUCCAGUGCAAAGAUCGAGGAGUACUUCUCUCAGCUGCCAAACCACAAGGUUCCUCGCCUGGGCACGCCCGGGGAGAAGUACCGGGACCGGCAGCUGAUCGUGCAGCUGCCCAAGCAGGACCUGGCGCUGGCCUACUGCAAGUUCCUGGAGCGCGAGUGCCAGCGGAGCUUCGAGGACUUCGUGAACGCUCGCAACGAGAUCGCCCUCGACAUCGGUUACGUCAGGGAAGCCCUCGAGAAGACGCAGGAGUGCUUCAAAUGCGGAGGCGUGCUGCCCAGCGGAGAGCUGGCCGUGAUCGCGCCGAAGUUUGGCGAGCUGGUUGCGUGGCACCCGGCCUGCUUCGUGUGCGCAGCCUGCCAGGAGCUGCUGGUGGACCUGACGUACUGCGCCAAGGACGGACACCUCUACUGCGAGCGACACUACGCUGAGACCCUCAAGCCCAGGUGCUCCGCGUGUGACGAGUUAAUCUUUUCCGGUGAAUACACGAAAGCCAUGAACAAGGACUGGCACUCGGGCCACUUCUGCUGCUGGCAGUGCGACGAGUCGCUGACGGGCCAGCGUUACGUGCUGCGCGACGAGCACCCGUACUGCGUCCGCUGCUACGAGCAGGUCUUCGCAAACUCCUGCGAAGAGUGCUCCAAAGCCAUCGGAAUCGACUCCAAGGAUCUGUCGUACAAGGAGAAGCAUUGGCACGAGGCCUGUUUCCUCUGCAGCAAGUGCCGUGUGUCCCUGGUGGAUAAACCGUUCGGUUCCAAGGCGGAGAAGGUCUACUGUGCUUCCUGCUACGACGCUGCCUUCGCCUCCCGUUGCGAUGGCUGCGGAGAAAUUUUCAGGGCAGGUACCAAGAAGAUGGAGUACAAGGGCCACCAGUGGCACGAUAAAUGCUUCUGCUGCUGUACUUGCAAGAACCCCAUCGGAACUCGAAGCUUUAUUCCUCGAGACAACGACAUCUACUGCACCACCUGCUACGAGGAGAAGUUCUCCACCAGGUGCAUUAAGUGCAACCAGAUCAUCAGCAGCGGCGGCGUGACGUACCGCAACGAGCCCUGGCACCGGGAGUGCUUCACCUGCACCAACUGCAGCUCGUCCUUAGCGGGCCAGCGAUUCACUUCUCGCGACGAGAAGCCAUACUGCGCCGAGUGUUUCGGCGAGCUCUUCGCCAAGAGGUGCACCGCCUGUUCCAAGCCCAUCACCGGAAUUGGCGGAACCCGCUUCAUCUCUUUCGAAGACCGAAACUGGCACAACGACUGCUUCAUCUGCGCCAUGUGCAACAACUCGCUGGUGGGCAAGGGCUUCAUCACCGACGGUCCGGAGAUUCUCUGCCCCGAGUGUGCUAGGCAGAAGCUCAUGUAACUGCGGCGACCGACCACUUACGCAAAUUGCCCCCUUCGCGCUUUCUCAUGAGACGCUAGCAACCGAACGAAAAAAGGGACGGAGAUACUUAAGCCAAGAAAGUACUCGCGCAGACGAAGAAAAAAAAAAAGGAAGAGAAACGACAAAACAAAACAAUUAUGUGCCUGAGAAAGUAAGCCUUACGUAAACGAACGUUUAACUCCGAGGAAUGGAGUGGAUCAUAAAAAGGGCGCCGACAGAAUUGUUGCCUGUUAAAGCUUCCAAUUCACGUACGCAGUGAAGCCUUGUUUGUGUUUAGCUGAAGUGUCUUUUUUGAUACUGCAGUUAUUUGAUCAUAAUGUUGACAUUGUUAUGUAGUAGCUAAUAAAUACGCACUAAAGUACGA